AUGAAGUAGAAAAAAUAUAAAAAUAUAGAAUUUCAUUUUAUUGAUUAAUAUGAUGAUGUUACAUUGUAAUAUUUAGCUAAUUGCUUUCAAUUGAUUAAAGUAGAAAAAAUAAGUCUUUUAUAUCAUGAUGAAAAUUGUGAAGCAUUUUUGGAGAAUACUUUUAAAAAUAUUCCAAAUUUAACCCUUUCAAUUUAAAAUGAAGUAAAUCUUGAUUAAUUAUGGAAUAAUGAUUUAAUUGAUCCGAAUGCAGAAGAGGAGAAAGUUAAAAAGAUAUAAUUUAUUGAAAAUCCAAAAAUUACUACUGGUUACUAAGCAUUACAAUUAAACUAGCUUGUGAAAAAUAAUUAAAUAUAAAUUUCUCCAGAAUUUUAAGCUUUAAUGUCAAUUCACUAAAGAGGAUCAACCUUUAAUAGAGGAAUUAGUAAUGGGGCUAUCAAUUAAUCGUAGAUAAUUGAUUAUACUCCACAAGGUAACCUAGAAACAUCUUAAGAUAUUAUUGAUGAAGCAUAAACUCAAAUUGCUAAAAUAACUAAAAGAACUUUAUUUGAAGAAUCUUUUGGAAGUAUUUAAUUAUUGAUGAAUUUAUACGAUUAUUACGAAGCCUGGAACAAAUUAAAUUCAUUUUAAGCAACUAUUCAAUCUAUUUGGUCAUUUUUUAAUGGAUUCUUAUAAAUUAUUUCUCUUGUCUAUUUAAAUAAUGGAGAUGAUAUAUUUAUAUAUGCAUUAAUAGUUUUAACAAUUGUUAAUCCAGUAUUGUAAAUGCUAUCAUUUGCAGUAUUUUAACAACGUGUAUUUAAAGAUUUUUCAACUUUAAAAUAAAUAUCUUUUAUUCUAUUAUUUGCAAUAUUUAACUUUUUUAAGAUUUGGGAUAUUGUAAUGAUUUGUUUAUAUUUAUGUGUAUAGGAAUUCACUGAUGUUGUAAAAAGAGAUUUUAGUUCUGUUGGAUAUAUAAAGUUCAAAAGUUAUGCUUCAAAAUUUUAAGGCAGUUUAGCUACUUAAGUAUUUAAUUAUGAAACUGUUUAAAUUGAUUCCAAGAACAUUUUUUAAAUUAAGAGUUAGCCAUUUUAUGAGGCUGUAAUGUGGAGAACAAAUGUUGAAGAAGCUUUAAAUAAAAUUCCUUAGUUCUUUGUAUAUAUAUUAUCACUAUUUAUGAACUAAUUGAAUAUAAUAUGGGUUAUGUCUUUCAUUCAAUAGCUAAAGAAAGUAUAGAGGCGAUAAAAAAUAUACUAGAAGUUGUUAUUAAAGACUAUUUGAUUCCAGCUUUAAUUUUAGGAUCAGUUUCAAUUGAUUCAUUCUUUUAAUCUAUGUUGUAUUUGAGCUCAAUAUCAAAUUAAAUAUUAUUGGAAUAUCCUAAAUCUUUCUAGAUUAUUUCAAAAGUAUAAGAAGAAUAUUUAAGAGAAAAAUUAACUUUUAAAAUUAAUUUGAAAACUUUAAAUUUUUCUAAUUACAAAGAUUUAAAAAAGCAAAAAAUGUUAGCUUAAUUUAGGUAUGUGCUUGCAAAAAUUCAAAAUAUUUUAGAAAUUGAUUAAGCUUAAAGUCUUUUUUCUAUGGGAUCUGAAUUAAAUGAUUUAAUUAGAUGUUUAAAAGUCAGUCAAAUAUUUUAAUUAAAAUUGAAUUUCUAUUUUGACGAAAUAGUUCCUGCCAUAAUUCCUUAUGUUAAUACAUUUAUUAAAAAUUGCCCAAAAUAAUUACAAUUCUUAUAAAUUUAAGUAGAAGCUACUAAUGUACAAUAAAUGAAAAUUGUUGUUGAAAGAAAAGAUGUUUUAACAGCCUUUUCUUAUUCAUUUUUCUAAAUUAUACAAUAAUACAAAGAUAAUUCUAGAGUAUUUGAAUAAUAAAAUUUGAAUAUUGAUAAGGUUUUUUUAAAUUUAGAUCGUUACAAUUUUGAUUAAUUUUAUUUUGAAGUUUCUGGUAAUCUUAUAUUAAAAAAUUGUCAUUAACUAUUUGAAUAAUUCACUUAAAUGUAAGUUUUCAAAGUAUCUAUUCUAAAUAAUGCAGCCAUAUAGACUUUUGAAUUUUCUAGUAAUUUAAAAAGUAAACAAUUAGAGAUUCUGGAUAUUACUUUUGAAAAUAUUUUAUUAGAUUUUUAAGAAUUCCCUUUUAAAAAUCUCAAUAUCUUUUGA